CAGUUUUUUCCAGAUCAGUACUCUGGGUGGACUCGUGAUGGCUACAACGUUUUUCAGUUAACUAAUAUUUACUAAUUAAACUAUUUUUAACGAUCAUAAUCUAUUUAAAUAGAAGGCACAGUAACAAUAAUAUACGUAGAAUAAAGAAAUCAUCAAUAAUGAAUUUUUCUACAUCAGUGACUGAAAAAUUUAACGAAUUUUAUCAAUGGUCUUUAUCAGUAUCGGAUGAUAGAACAAAAGGUUGGUUGAUGGUUGAUUCUCCAACGCCAACCGUAAUCUAUACAAUAAUUUAUUUCAUAAUCGUUGGUUUGGGUCCAAGAUGUAUGAAAAAUAGAAAACCAUUCAAACUUACUCCCAUAUUGGUACCAUACAACAUCUUCAUGACAUUACUAAAUUUAUAUAUAGCUAUUGAACUUCUAGUGGCAUCUAGUCGUUUACGCUACAGUUAUGUGUGUCAACCACUAACAUUUAUCAACAACAAAGACGAAUUAAGGUUAUUGAAAGCUAUUUGGUGGUAUUACUUUUCAAAACUCCUCGAAUUUUGUGAUACAAUUUUCUUCAUUCUCCGAAAAAAAGAUAAACAGCUCACUUUUUUACACGUCUAUCAUCAUUCGACUAUGUUCUCUUUGUGGUGGAUUGGAGUGAAAUGGGUGCCUAGUGGCUCAACGUUUUUGCCUGCAAUGGUAAACAGUUUUAUACAUGUACUUAUGUAUUCAUACUAUGCUCUGAGUGCUUUGGGCCCUAAAAUUGAAAAGUAUUUAUGGUGGAAAAAGUACUUAACUAUACUUCAAUUGAUUCAAUUUACCACUGCACUAUUUUUGGGUGUCCACGGAAUUAAAUCUGGAUGCAAAUUUCCUAUAUGGAUGCAAUAUUUAUUAGUGAUUUACAUGAUUUCAUUUAUUGUGCUAUUUGGAAACUUUUACGCAAACGCAUAUGUUCAAAAGGAUACUACAAAUAAGUCCAACAUCUAUAGAAAUUACAAGUAUACAAAAAAUGUGACAUGUAAAUCGACAAAAAAUAAUUGAUUUUUUUAUAAUAUUUUUCUUUAUAUUAUUAUUAUUACAAACAAAGUAUAUAAGAACUGAAAACAAUUUGUAUUAUUUAUUUUAAGAUCAUUUGUUUUGGAUUUUUCAGCCUUGACUAUUGUAUUAACAUCAAACAAAAUUUGAGCAUAAAAUGUAUAAGCUACGUGGCUACAUGUAUUAUGUAUAUAGACAUUGUAUACAUUUACCGACUAAGUAAAUUUGUGACAUGUUUCUAUAAAAUUAUAAACACUUUUCUCCAUUGAUA